UAUGGAUUCAUUAACACCUGCCUGAAGUCAUUGGUGAUUGAGAAAUAUGGUGAAGAGACAUGGGACUUAUUAAGAAUAAAAACUGGAGUUCAGGACACCUUCAUGACGUACGAGGUUUACAAAGACGACAUCACGUUGCAGUUGGUGGAAAAAGCCUGCCAGAUGCUGGAUGUUUCUCCGGAGGCUGUACUGCAACAGUUUGGAGAGUAUUUCUUUGAGUUCUGCAAAAGAUCAGGAUAUGAUCACAUGCUGAGAACUCUGGGUGGAAAUCUGUAUGAAUUUAUUGCUAACCUGGAUGCCUUACACAGCUAUCUAUCACUCUCCUACCAGGCCAUGAAUGCUCCUUCCUUCAGGGUGGAGAUGAAUGAUGAUGGGUCAAUGCAUUUACACUAUUAUUCAGACAGAAGAGGCCUGUGCCAUAUUGUUCCAGGUAUCAUGGGUGCUGUAGCAAUGGAUUUUUUUAAAACAGAAAUUUCUAUGGAAAUAAUUAGUCAGUCAGAUGAAGAAGAGAGAACUGGGAAAAAAGAACACAUUGUUUUCCUUGUCACCCAGAGGUCAACUGUUCCACCAAAAUGCAAGCAAAGUUCUCAACAGAAGAAACCGGUCAAUCCACAAAACAUUGAAAAUGCAUUUAACAAACUUAGAGACAGAGCAAACCAAGUGUCUGUGUGUCCUGUUAAAAAGAAGAAUCACUGGGGAACUAUACGAGGAAUUGUCCAGUUUGGGAGAGGUAAAAUGUUGAGGGGGUUUAUUCCAGUGUAUCCGAAGAGCCUCUGGGUUGAUAUUAAAACAUUUUGUAAUGUACUCCCCUUUCAUAUAGUAUUUGAUGAAGAGCUGAGAGUGAAGCAGGCUGGGGUGAGCAUACAGAGGAUUGUUCCUGGUCUACAGACUAUGGACAUUCGGGUGGAUGACUAUUUCAGCACAGUACACCCUGAGGUCACGCUGACCAUUACCAAUGUUAGAAAGUUCAUCAACAGUCAAUUUGUGUUAAGAACAAAGAGAGAGAUGAUGCCAGAGUCGUGGAGGCAGCGCCCAAUGUUGGAAUUGAGAGGUCAGAUGAUAUGGAUGGAGUCUCUGGAAUGCAUGUUGUAUUUGUGCUCUCCUCUAUUACGUAAUUUGCAUGAACUGGAGGAGAGACAGAUGCACAUCUCGGAUAUAGCACCACAUGAUGUCACGCGGGACCUCAUUUUGCUAAAUCAACAGAGGCUGGCUGAGAUGGAGUUAUCUAACCAGCUUGAGAGGAAGAAGGAAGAAUUGAGGAUAUUGUCCAAACACUUAGAAGAAGAAAAGAAGAAGACUGAAGCUCUUCUCUAUGCCAUGCUUCCAAAACACGUGGCCAACCAGCUAAAAGAGGGCAAGAGAGUGGAAGCUGGUGAAUUCAAGGAGUGCACAAUAUUAUUUAGUGAUGUGGUAACGUUUACCAAUAUUUGUGCUCAAUGUGAACCCAUCCAGAUUGUGGCCAUGUUGAAUUCCAUGUAUCUCCGCUUUGACAGACUAACAACAGUUCACGAUGUAUAUAAGGUUGAAACCAUAGGAGAUGCUUACAUGGUAGUGGGUGGUGUGCCCGUGCCUGUUUCUACUCAUGCAGAAAGAGUUGCAAAUUUUGCCCUAGGAAUGAUCCUUAUGGCAAGAGAAGUAAAAAAUCCAGUCACAGGAAAUCCUAUUCAGAUACGAGUUGGCCUACACACUGGUCCAGUGCUAGCUGGAGUGGUAGGUGAAAAGAUGCCCCGAUAUUGCUUGUUUGGUGAUACAGUAAAUACAGCUUCACGGAUGGAGAGUCAUGGUGUUCCUAAUAAAAUUCACCUCAGCCCAGAAGCCUACAGAUGUCUUAGAGAUAAAGAAUUUGAAAUAAUAGCACGGGGGGAAAUCGAAGUAAAAGGCAAAGGGAAAAUGUGCACCUAUUUCCUAAUGAGAAACAUAACAGCACAGGAAAAUGAAAUUUUAGGUAGACCUGGGAAGGAGACGGACUCAGGCAGGGAAUCCUCCCAAUCUGUGCAUGAUGACCUCAACAAGGGGAGCCUACAAAUGGCUUGUCCUCAAGGUAAAAUUAUUUACAGCAGUAAUUUAUAG